AUGCAGAACAAACAGCUCUUCUGGAUCCUGAACUAUUUCGCACAGAGUGUCGAGUAUCUCUACGCAUCGCGUUUCUUUGCAGGGCUAACCAGCGGCGGCCUCUAUGUGAUUGGGCCUGUCUUUAUUAGUGAGAUUUCAGCUAAAGAAAAUCAUAUCAUCCCUAUCCUAUUGGAAAACCCGAUAUAUUUGCUUAUUCAUUGCAUUAUUUCAGGCAACAAGUCGGCUUUGAAGAAAUUCGCGAUUGCUUUUGUACUCUGCUUACAAAAUCAGUUUUCGAGCAGUUUCGCUUUCGUAAACUAUAUGUCGCAUAUAUUUGUUGAAUCUGGUUCGACAUUAGAUCCACAGCAAUGUACGAUCUUUACGAGUGUAGUACAGAUAAUUGGCACACUUUUCGCAUCCAUCUUGGUUGAAAAGUUUGGUCGCAAAACACUAAUGUUGGCUUCGACCGCUGGUAUGGCGCUUGGCAUGUUCGGCUUUGGUGCGUUCGUACAAUUCACCGAUAGUGCGACAAAAGCCGAAUACAAUUGGGUUCCACUAAUGGCGGUUGCUUUUGUUGUAAUCUCGUUGACCUUUAAAAUAAUUGUGGAAAUACUGCUGGCAAAAAUUCGCGCUCAGGCUCAGUCGAUUACAAUGAUGUUUUGCAGCAUUAUGGUUUUCAUCACGCUGAAGUUGUAUCCUUGGUUUCUCUUCAAUCUGGGCAUAUCGAUCCCAAUGUAUUCGUGCGCUAGCUCGUGUGUGAUCAUCGGACUUUACUUGCUUUUAUUUAUGCCAGAAACGAAGGGAAAAUCUAUGUCUAAGGAUUGAGAAACUUAUUUAUCGUUUAUGAAGUUUGUGGAGUAAGAA